GCAUCUUUACGCAUUUCCCCAGAGACAGAGGGAAAAGACCCACAAUCAUCGACCUUACAUUUGUAAAAGGCCCAACACUUGACCACAACUUACGAUGGAGCACUGAACCCUACGGAGCGGGCUCAGACCACGGGAGAACCUCCGUCCACUUACACUUGGAAAAACCACCAUUUGUACCAAGACGGAUGUGGCGACAAACAGACUGGAAGCUCUUGGAGAACCAUAUGUCAAACAUUUCUCUCCCUGCAGAGGCAUGGGAAACCAAGGAACAUACGGAACAAACUGUCGACUUCUUCCUGGAACUGGUCAGGGCAACAAUCAGUAUAGUAACACCACUUUCGAAGGAAGGAGUAAGAGCCAACUCCUGGUGGUCAGAGGAAAUGAAACAAAUGAAGACAAGGGUAAACGCGGCAGAAAGGAAGGCGAGAAAUACAAAGAAACCCAACCACGUGGAGGAGCACCGGAAGGCAUGCAGAGAAUGGACAGUCAUGAUCCGGAAAGCAAAAGCGGACCAGCGGGAAAAGACGAUGAACGAGGCGAAAGGUAGUGAAGUCUGGAGAAUCCUAAACGCAGGAAGGAGAAGAGACACAAUCAUACCAACCAUACAAGGUGAAGAAACGUUCGCGGGGAAGUGUCAAGCUCUAAGAACCCAACUUUUCCCCUCAAAACGGACGUCCCCCGACCAUUCCCCCCUAAACAUUAGGCCCCCCUCUUUUGACCUUAGCAACACCUUCGACAUAGUCACCCCCGAAGAACUUAAUAAAGCAAUCGAUUCCUGUCCAGCGCACUCGGCGACCGGCCCGGACGGCAUCCCCUAUACCUUUAUUAAAGCAAUAGUGAGAGCAAACACAACUCUAAUUCAAGACAUGUUCUCUGCCAUGCUCCGGCACGGGGUAUACCCAGCGGAAUGGAAAAUAGCUAAGUGCAUCCCGAUCCCGAAACCCGGCAAAGCAAACUAUCAUGAAGCAAAAGCCUACCGGCCCAUUUCCCUUCUACAAUGCUUCAGCAAAAUUCUGGAGAAGAUAGUGGCUCAGAGACUCUGCACCGCUGGAGAAAUCCUAGGCACACUCUCAGUGAAUCAAUUUGGAGGAAGACCAACCAUUUCGGCAAUCGACGCCCUCCUGAGAACCUUAACACCAAUACAACAAAAGCUAUUACUGAAAAACAGUACCGGAAUCGCUCGGCGGGACAGACCAGCGAUCCUAACCAACGAUAUCCAAGGAGCAUUUAACUGCGUCGACAACCUACUCCUCGCGGAAAUCAUGUACCAACAAAAAUUCCCUACCUACUUAACAGAAUGGUGCAAGGAAUUCAAUACCGGCAGAAAACUACAGUUUCAAUUUAACCAUGAGCUAGAGGAACCACAGCCCUAUGAUUCUGGAGUGCCGCAAGGUAGCCCCAUGUCCCCGGUACUAUUCAUGAUCUAUGCUGGAGUAAUCCUGGACCCAACAAGUAGCCCGAAAGAGAUGGACACCACAUACAUCGAUGACGAUGCGCUGGUGCAAAUAUCCAAAACACCAGGCUUUACAAUCAAGAGAAUGGAGGAGCGAAUGAGGGAAAGACUAAUUAAAGCUGAGCCACUCCAAAUUAAAUACGACCCGGAUAAAUCCGAUCUGAUCUUCUUCCGGCCCACCACGUCAUCCACACAACAACCACGACUCCCAGUCAAAGUUAGCAACAUCAAUAUAUACCCCAAGGAGAAGCUGAAAUACGUAGGAGUCUGGUUAGAUCCGACCCUCUCCUUCCGGCCCCAUAUCGAAGCCGCAAUCGCAAAAGGCCUAAAAGCCCUCCACCAAAUCCGAAACACCGCCCGCCUGCCAAGGAUAACAGUCAAGACAGUUCAUCACCUAAUAACACAAGGCUUCCUUCCAAGCCUGCUCUACGGAUCCGAGGCUUGGUGGACUGGCGCAGACCACAUCAUUAGAUCCCUCGAACCACUAUACAACGAAGCUGCCCGGAUCAUCACGGGCCUACCUCGAUGGACCAAGAGAGCUAAACUCCUCCGAGAAGCAGGACUACCCCCCCUAGAACACCUCCUAACAUAUCGCUCAAGAAAGUACGGAACCAGAAUACUCUGUACCGAGGCAACCCACCCCAACAAUGAAUCCCUGAUCGAGCUCCUCCCAUACAGAGAAGCAAACAUCAAAGGGACAGGCCUACACCGAAUCGCCUCCCUCCUACUCCCAUAUCAAACCCCCGGAAAUGCGAGAGACAAUGUAACGGGGGUCUCUUCUAAGAGAAAUAGAAUAGAGUAG